AAACAGACAAGAUGGCGGCGCUGAGUUCCCCUUGGCCUCGGGCUGGCUGACUGAGCCAGGCUGACAGGGUGGGCGGGGAGGAACCCCAGCCCCUACAUAACCCCACACUCGGCCUAAGGGCAAACAUCUCUCACUCAGGGUCCUGAAAUAAUCUUUAUGAAAUGAACGAAGAAGAGGUAGUGGAGGAGAACAAAUCCCUUUCUUCGGAAAAUAUUAGUGCCGUAACAUCGAGCAGCAUUCCUAAAAAGCCAGCAGCAACAACAACAAAGGAUGUCUGCCUGCAAUACAAAGAUGACGCCAACUGGAUUAGCUCUUCCGAGCCAUUUAUGUACAGACACCGACCAACAUCAGAAAGAACACAGGAUAUAUCUCACUUAUUGGCAAAGAUUUUCAAGGAAGUUUAUACCGGAGAGGUGAUUGGAGAGGAUGUGAUCAAUAAUCUUAUGAAAUCACAAGGUGGAGACAAUGAAUACCAUGAGAAAUUUGUGCAGCAGCUCCAAGAGAUUCAUGAAGAGUAUGACAGGCGAAUCGCAGAGGCCGACACAAUUGAAAAGCACAUCAUCCAGGCCCGAGCACGAGCUGCAGCAGCGGAGGAGAAGGCUCUGAAUAAAACAAGGGAGGCGAGCGGAGGUAGCUUUGACACCCUGGAACUACCUUCAGUGAAAUCCACAUUCACGUGUUGCAUAGACAGUGUGCUACUCAAGAAGCACAAUUUAAUCGUUCCUGGGGAUUACAUCACAGAGAAGCCUCCGAUCAGAAAGGAUUCGAUACCUGCAGCAAAACCGAUUGCCCAUUAUCCUGAACUGACCAUCAGCUUUAGACAACGCGUUUCUCAAAGCCCUGUGGAUGAUGGUUAUUCUGACCAGAGUCCAUCUAAAGAUCAUUUGACAGAAGACAGAUCAUCUUUAAUUUUACAGUCGACUUCUGGUGAAUUAACAAGUUUGAAAAAAUCCAGCCCUCAGGAAGAAAAGUCCAAGAAGCCACGCUGGAGGGAUGAGUUGUCAGUGGCCGAUCGCAUCAAGGCUCGGGAGGAUAUGGCAAGGUUUGAGAGGUGCCACAACUUCCUGAAGAACCCACGUUUUCUACCCCCUCAACAGGGAGGCAAAUCACUCAUCAUUCCCAAAAAGAAAGUGCAGAAGAUGGUUGGCGAUAGAAAGAUCUUUGUGGAUGAAAGUGACCCUGGUGAACCCAUUCCUGUUUUCCUGGCAAAGCCACCGAUUAUCCUCUUCACGGACUACAAAGUCGGUCAGGUGUACGAGACCAACGUUGAGCUGCGGAAUAUGACGUCCAGUAGCCGUCACCUCCGAAUCAUCCCACCGAGCACCACUUUCUUUUCUGUUGGACUGGGUAAAUUUCCAGGAGAAGGUGGGAUAGUCGCUCCAGGAAUGAGCUGCCAGUACACAGUUCGCUUUGCUCCCGAUUCCCCAGCCGAAUUUGAGGACUUUCUAAUAGUGGAGACACAGACACCCUAUCCACUUGUGAUUCCUAUCGAAGCCAGAAGACCUCCUCCUAUAUUAACAUUACCUGCUACGUUAGACUGUGGAUUCUGCUUGAUGGGAGGAGUGAAGUUUACAGAGUUCCUAUGCAGAAACGAAGGGUACAAUGCUGGCUGUUUUUGCAUCAUGCCCAAGAGAAUGUGGCCGACAACCAACUUCAGGAGCGUAGCAGUGGCUGGAUUUCUGGACGUAACUCCGUUUGCAAUCAGACCGGCUGUGUUUGAGCUGCAGCCGGGACAGGCAUUGAUCCUGGAGGUUGCUUUCCUUCCACCUACUCCAGGAACAUUCUCUCAAACUGUUACAAUGGUUUGUGACAACUGCCACGUGAAAGACUUUGUACUAACAGGGUCUGGCCAGCAGGUUGCUUUGCAUUUCAUGUCGGUCAGUGGUGCAGAGAGCACGGCCAACCUAGGCGAGUGCAGAGACGUUACAGCAGAGCACUUUGUCCGCUUUGAGGCAACAAACCCACACGUAUGCUCCCAAAAGGUGAUCACCAUCCGCAAUGCUACACACAUAGAUCUUCCCUUUUGUUGGCAAGCGCUUAAGCCUAAUCUGGUGUGCGCUAUUCCUGGAGAGUCCAUUGAAUACCCCAACCUGGAUUACGAUCAAGACUUGAAAACGGCCUUCCACGUCUGCCCAGAGAACGGUGUGAUGGAACCUCACCAGGAUCACGAGUUCAUUCUCACUUAUUUCCCGCAAGAGCUGAAGGAAUACCACAGUGUGCUUUACCUUAUCCUGCGCAAUAUUCCUGAACCUUCAAAUGCCAAUGAAUGUAACAGCGGUAGUCGGAAAAAUAGCAUGGAAAGAUCCAUAAAAGCAGCUGCAGCAUCUGGGGGUAACAUCAUAGCGCUGGAGGUGGAGGUUAAAGGCACCACUGAACCGUUUCAGGUCCUGCUGAAACCUUACGCCUUUCUCAUCCCGGGUGACAACUACAUGAACACGACUUUGAAAAGGUAUUUUCAGAUUUGGAACAACAGCAGUUCAUCCAUCUAUUUUGAGUGGGAGAGAAUGCAUGAUUCUCACAUCUUGGAGGUGCUACCUCCUUGUGGCACAAUAGAGGGCAAUGAUUACUGUGAACUGGAACUGUUGCUUACUGGGGGCAAGCCCGAGAAAAUGGCCCAACGCCUACAGUGUCACAUCCGGCAUCAUGUGGAGCCAGUCAUCCUUUGUGUGGAGGCAACCUUCGUGGGUCCACGGGUUUGCAUAGACCAUCCAUUUCUGGAUUUCUGCCUGGUAAAGUUCGGAACCGGAGCUGCUUGCAGCCUGCACCUCAAGAACAAAUGCCAGCUGGCUGCUUCAUGGUUUUUGCAAGAGAGUCCUGCAUGCCUGAAGGAGAGAGAAGAAGAGGUGUCACAAUUUAUCUUUGAACCAUCGAGUGGAGAUCUGCCACCACUGUCUGAAUACACUGUGAAUGUACUGUUUACGCCCACCAAGUGUCAAAGCCUGAAGACAGUUCUUGAACUGAAUGUAGAAAAUGGAGAUGCAAGUCACAUCGCAGUGAAGGCUGAGGUCCAGGAGGUACGGGUCUGCCUGCUGAGUUGCACCGUGGUGUUCAAAGAUAUCUACGUUGGCAUCCCAGCCCAGGAGAAGGUAACGCUGUUUAACCAGACGCUGCUGCCUGCAAAAUGUUCCUGGGGAGAGGUGCAUCAAAGCCAUGUACAUCAAUGUCGAAUCAAAAUCACUCCAGCAAGCUUCACCUUGGGACCAAAUGAAAAGGCAGUGGUGUGCGUCGAAUUGACAGUUUUCAGCGCAGAGGAUCUGAACGGCGCUAUGGUCUCGUGCACAGUGGAGGACAUGAACGAACCACUGUUGCUGGAAUUAUUCGCUAAACCAAAGGGCUUGAAUAUAGCAUACAGCAUCCCUGACGAUGACUAUGUGAAUGAAUCGCCGGUGCUGGACUUCAGUGAGAUGGUGGUGCACGGCACAGUGAAGAGAAAGCUGCUAAUCACCAACAACUCAGCCAUCACCGGCCACUUCAACCUGGAAAUGGAAUACUUCAGCAGUUGCCCUCCUCUGCCCCCUACAGUCAGCAUGCUGCCUCACAGCCUUUCGCCCAGACACUCAAGACUACCUCUCCUGAAGAGAACAGUGAAUCUUACAGAAGGUCCAAGCAAGUCACAGGACCAACAGCAACGUGAAUUUGCAGAUGUACUGCUCUGCCACAAGAAAGGUGCAGCGUUUGUGGUUCAUCCCGUGACGGGAACCCUGGAGCCCUACCAGCAGCGGGAGAUCGAAGUCACUGCCUAUGCCAACAUGUGGGGCGACUACCAAGAUAACCUCGUCUGCAGAGUUGCAGGUCUCAACCCUACCUAUAUCCCCAUCCAGUUGUCCGUUCAAGGUGUUCCACUCUACUUCAAGAUUUUAGGUCCCCAGAAGGACAACCAGAAGCGAGGCCCCAUGAUCAGGUUUGGAACGCACAUUUCUGGAGGAGACACGGUGUCCCGCUACUUACGAAUUAUCAACCCAGGUCCCUGUGAUAUCAGACUGGACUGGGAAACGUACAAUGUGGAGUCAGACGACAUGCAGCUGGUGGACCUGUUGGUGUUUUACGGGCAGGAUUUUCCAUUGAAGGAUGAAAGCGGGAACGAGACCAACUCCAGCGCCCUGCCCAGCGAGAGCGAUCACGCCAGGAACUGGGACUCGAUUUCCAACAGUGCAGAGAGCAGCUCUGUGGGCCUCCAUACAGGAUGUGACUUGGAAGAGGAGCCGGAGCUGGAGGAGGAAGAAAAUAUGAUGUUGACGAGCGACCUAAUUACUGUGGUGUUACAGGCUCAUGAGGGCACUCAGGCUGAUUAUCCAUAUUGUGUGACUCCGCGGCAGAUGGUGGUCCCUGGUGGUGGAUGUAGCAUCAUCAAUGUCUCCUUCACCCCACUCGCUCUGAAUGGAGAAGCAACAAACGUGGAGUGUGAGGGCUUUGCCUUGGGGUUUCUAAGUCUGGACAAUAAGGUUGCGGUUGGGGAACCUGGGAAGGUAAGCAGAAACCAAGGAUACAAGACAGAGCCUCUACGGUUAGACUUUUCUGGAGACGUACAAGCUGCCAUGUUAACAGUGGAGAUGGACGAUGAUGAUGAAGACCAGCUCACGUUUUAUGCGGCUGCAAGUGAUUUGAUUCCAGACGGCUUGGAUGGCAAGAUUCAGAGAGAAAUUCUGAAGACGCGUGGCCUGAAACUGAGCAACAACACUGAGACCCCACUGUGCUUCCACUUCUUGCUGCAAACUCCCUUCUGUGUCUUGGAUGUGGACCCCAAAAACACCUUGAAAUCUUCAAACAGUGACCGGGAGGAGAACGUAAAGUUUCUCAUGUUAUUCCCACAGCAGCACAUGCAUGUCACUGUGGCAUUCUGCAUUUCCUGGGAGCUGCUGAGUUUUCAGGGAAAUAUAUGCACGAAGGAGGAACAUGAACUGGUGUUUAAGCAGGACCUGGUGAUUGAGUACAACAACAACAGCGCACAGCUCAUUCCCCUCCACGCCCAUUUCUUUCUGCCAUGCAUUGAGGUCUCCACUGAAGAUGUCAAUUUUGGUACCUGUUUGGUUGGACAGACCCGGAAGAAGGAAAUCUUCUUGCUGAACAGGUCAAAGUCGAAGAGUUACUGGACGGCAACAUUGGUUCCCAGUAAAAGACACAGGAAUGAGAGCGUGUUUGCAAUUUGCCCCACGUGCGGGGUCCUGGAGGCGCGUGUCAUACAGUUAGCUUCCAGCCGGACUACCUUGCUGAUCACCUUUACUGCCAGAGACAGUAAAGUGUACAAGGCCAGCGUCACCAUCCACGGAAUGCUGGGAGAGAGACCCAUAAAGCUGUUGGUGCAGGGAAGAGGAUCGGUUGACGAAAGGUUCGAAGCCACGUACACCCCAUAAGCAUCUUAACUCAUAUCGAAGAUGCAACAAAAAACAAACUGGCAGGAACUCUGCAGGUCAAGCAGCGUCUGUGGGAAAUGGAGAACCUGGAAGAGUCCCCACCCAAAACAUUUCCCUCUACAGAUGGUGUCUGACUUGCCGAGUUCUUCCAGCAGUUUGUUGAUUUGCUUCAUGUGGUACAUGUUUUAUUUAAUCUGCCUUACCAGCAAGAUACCUGCAUCAGGAAACUCUGAGCCCAUGUUAAUAUAAGAGUUUUCAAGAUCGUCAAAUGUGCCUUGAAAACCAAGUUUUGAAAUGUGCAAAAAAAUGCACAGCCAUUAUUUCAACUGAAAUCUAUAUUUGUAAUGUUUUUGCUGUGCUCAUUGUAUAACAUUACAUCAUAUUGUAAAAUAAGAACUUUUA